UUUAGAAAAAAUAUGUUAACAAGGGCUUUGGUUUCGAAUAUUCUGAAUGAUUCAAUCAUGAUUACAAUUUGUGAAGCUAUCAAUGUAUAGAUAGGGGUUUUCAUAGUAUUGAUACCAAUACCAGCCUGGGUUUUUGUUUCAUAAACUGGUAAAAAUCAGCAGGGUUUGAUCAUUUUGUAUAAAUGCGAAAGUUUCGCAAAAUCGCUUUACGUCUGUUAUUUUAGCAACCAAAAACAUGGCCGCCAGUGAAAAGGUUUUGAAACAGCUCUUAAGCAAUAGAAGGAUCAGAAAAGAUAAAGAUGUAGAAGAGCUCUACCUUUCUGACAAAAGUCUCACAGAAGUAUGUGAUCUGCAGCGUUUCCGUUAUUUAAGAUGCUUAUGGCUGAAUGGUAAUAAGCUACGGCAGCUAAAUUGUUUGAGUGAGAACUACCAGCUGUCAGAGCUGUACCUUCACAACAAUGAGCUGGUUGAUAUCACCGGGGCUCUCCAUCACUUGACGUGUCUGCAAGUCCUUAUGCUGCACAACAACCAGCUCACAAAGCUUGACCGGAUCCUCACCGAGAUUAAGAAGAUGCAGAGCUUGAAGACACUUAACUUAUUCAACAAUCCAGUGGCUCAAGAAAGUGGUUACAGGCUCUUUGUGGUGCAGUCUGUUCCAUCUGUGGAUCUCUUGGAUAGAAAAGAGGUCUUAAAGUCUGAGCGUGAUAAGGCGAGGAAGAUAUAUAAUCAAGAACAAGAGAAGAUCAGCGACACUGUUGCCUUUGGUCGUAGAUCAGGUGGUCCCCCAUUGCCGAGCUAUAAUCCCCUUCACAUUCACAUCCCAGUCAGAGCAGAUCCUGGAGAUAUUGGCAACAGCUACUUGAGAGACUGCCCGCCUAAUGAAGACCCAGAAGAAGCAGUAAAUGCACGUCGCCUGAACAAAUCAAUCACAGUUUACACUAGCUUUGACUGGUCAAAGGUUCCCCGAAUAAAAGCUCGAAGAACAGCUGAAGAGAUGUUUGACUCUCCAGAAAUCAUCACACAUGUGUAUAGAUGAAAUAAGAUGGUGAUUAUGUCUGGAGAUACAGGCUACUAGUAAAUAUUGCGACACUGCUGUGGUUUAUGCAUUCACUCACCUGCAAGAUAACCAGCUGUAUUCAAACAGUGCACUCAAGCCUGCCACAGACCUCAGUAUUCAGAUGUUGUCUCUUCAAACAGUUCCAAUUGAAUGUAACUUUUUAGAUUUGCACAUUCAAUUACAAUGAUCAAAGGGAGACAACUCCAUCUCAGAUUUGAUAAUCAUGGUCUUACUUCUCUUCAGUUUGGUUCUUAUUGGUAGAUCUUACUAUGAUAUUGUUCAUUUGUAUACAAUGGCCAGUAGGGUGAUUUCUCUUUACAAAAUCAAUAAUGUCUUAGAAAUCAACAAAGUUAUUUUUUACCGUCACUGAACAUAAUCAUGAAUGUCUGAUUCCAGUAUGAUCCUACCUGAUUUUGUGCAUUUGAUACAGUGAUUAAUUGGUUAUUUCCUUUUCUGAUUCAUUGUUUUAGUAUCCACCACGGUUAUUGUCUCUGUUACUGAACAAAUCAACACUAGGUUAUAUGUUUGUUUUGAAGUGUUGGUAUUUUGAGUUUGUUACAAGUGAACUUUCACAUUUAUGUCUUCAUUGAACAUUACAUAACAUGAGCUACUUCACCAAAUUUAAAUACAGUACUAGCCAGUAUUACACACAGUUUUCCAGUCUGUUUCUCAGUAUUAUUCAAAGAAUCAAAGAAUGUCAGUAUUGGAAUACUCUAGCCAUUUCAUGUGAUAUAUUUUUAACAUAUGUAUAUUUGAUAUUUGUAUGAUUAUUCUAAUAUGUACAAAAGUCUACAUAUCCAGUAUUAACAUUGAUGUGAUUUGAUGCUGUAACAAAUCUGUUCCCUACUUACAGUAUUUUGUAGUACUUAUUGAUAAUUCAGUUACGUAACAUCUAUAAUCUACUGACCAAUUAUAUGUUAUUUAUCCUUUUAUACAAACAUUUCUUAUAAAUUGUAUAUACAUGUAUACAGAAAUACAGAAUUUGCAAUAUAAUUAACACAUAAACAUUUAUAUAUUUAGCAUGUUUAGAAUGACUGCUUCUACAAAUGCAUUUUGUUUCUACCAUUUCUACAUGGCUCUUGUCCAAUUAUUUUACACAUGGCAUUUCUGUAAUAAAAUAUGCAUUGCAACACGUCUUCUGAAUCUUUUGAAAAGGUUUCCAGUUACAUAUUUCAACAUGUUAAGAAAAAAGAAAAGAAAGAGAUUGUCGAUCACAAUUACCCAAGCCUCUCACCCUUUUUACUGUUUGUCUCAGUAUAGACACAAGAACAUAUGUAGUGUCAUGUGUAUGAUAGUCCAUUUAUUUACACAAUUCCAGUCAUACAAACACAAUUAGUCCUCAUACAAGCCAUCCACUCCUUACAGUAGAACAUAGCAUGAUUAAUACAAGACAUUGUACACACACAAACACCCUUAUGAGC